AUGAACCAGACCCAAGAACAAAACUUUACGGAGGUCAUUGAUCCGAUCAAAACAGCUGCCCAUUUAACAUGGAGUCUAACGGCACUUAUCGGUAUUCCGGCCAACCUUUUUGUGCUCGCCGCAAUUGUGUACUUCCGGGACAUGCGAACUAUUUCUAACAUAUACAUUUUCAAUCUGGCUGUUGCGGAUCUUCUUUUCCUAUGCGGGAUUCCAGUUUCAUUUUUUGCUCAAACAGCACAAGAAGGAUGGAUUAUGGGACCAAUCAUGUGCAAACUGUACAUCUCUGGAAAUGCAGUUUCUCAAUUUGCGUCAGCGGUUUUUAUUGCAAUACUCUCAUUUGAUCGUUAUCUAGCAGUGUGCCGUCCGAUUCAAUCAACAUCUUUCCGUACCACACAAGCAGCGUUUGCUCUGUCUGUGACAGCUUGGAUCAUGGUUAUUCUAGAAAUGACUCCGCUAUUUCUUUUUGUGAAAUUGAUCAAGUCUUCUGCAGGUGGCAAAACAAGAGGAAGCUGCAUGUUAUUUGUAGGCAAUGUUACUGCACUUGAAUCCGAAGACGAAAUGAAUAUGACGGUGAUGAAUGAAAUUGAACAGAACAUGUUAGCGUCGAGAAGAUUCUUCACUAGUUACACAUUUGCCCUUUCCUAUCUCAUCCCACUGGUUGCUGUCUGGUACUUUUACUUUAAAAUAAUACUGAAAAUGUGUCAGAGAAAGCGACAAAUGCAUACAAAACGAACGGGCACAAAGAAGAGAACAACCAAGGUCACAAUAAUGGGUCUGGCUAUUGUCAUUUCCUACACACUUUGCUGGCUUCCGUUCUGGAUUGUGCAAUGGUCAAUUGAAGCGAAUCUCUUCCAAGGCAGCAAGUACUUACUCGUCUGUUUCUCUCAUUUUGCUUUUGCUCUACAGUAUAUCAAUUCUGCAGCUAACCCGUUUCUUUACGUGUUCCUAUCUGACUCUUUCCAGAAAAAUAUACAAAAACUGCUACGGACUGCCAAACCUGAUAAACAAGCUAUGCCGAAGAAUUCUACCGAGCCGUUAGAUACUAGCAAGAUGCUGACUGUUACCACUAAUCCACUAUGUUCAACUGCUUCAGAUUCUCAUUACAGCUGCUAA